AGAGACUCCUUGGGAAAACGCGAGCGCGACCGCCUUCCUCGUGGGCGCCUCCCCCUUAGCUGCCCGAAGCCCGCCUGCGCCCGCCUGAGCCCGCCUCCCCAAGCCGCGAGCGAGGCGGGUCUCCGUCUGCAGCGGCCCGAGGCGCGGCGGCAGCUGACCCAGGCUGAGGCCUGACCUGCUAGCGAGAGGAAACUCUGCUACAUUUUGUUUCGUUCGUGGUUUUGCAUAGCCUGAAACUUUGUGAUUGGGUUAAUCGCGGGACCUCCGCGAAAAGGACCCAUUUAUUUAUUUUUUUUUCCAAAAUGGCAGCCUCCAGCCGCGCGCAAGUGUUAGAUCUGUACCGGGCGAUGCUGAGAGAGAGCAAGCAUUUCAGCGCCUACAAUUACAGAACUUAUGCUAUCAGAAGGAUAAGAGAUGCCUUCAGAGAAAAUAAGAAUGUAAAAGAUCCUGUAGAAAUUCAGACUCUAGUGAAUAAAGCCAAAAGAGACCUGGGAAUGAUUCGUCGACAGGGUCACUUGCAAUCACGAGCUCCACUUCCAUGCCACCUGUAUCCCAGCUGUACUGAAACAGCUCUUGCUAAGGUCCACAUUGGCCAAAUGUAUGCAACUGACAAGCUUAUCAUUGAGAGUCAAGAGAAGCCCAAGACCUAAAGACCACCACCAGCCACCAUCUGCAACCGUGGACCACCUUCCACAUCCAUUCUGUGCUUAGGGUGGGGGCUCCCAACAGACCAUGAGCGUCCCCUUGCAUCAACUUAAAACAAUAACCUCCUGCUCAGCCUGCCCUGUAGAAACUGAUAAAUUGAGUGAGGUUUCCAUUCUUCUACAGCCUUAGUGGGAAAAGGUGGCUGUCUUUCCUUGGUUCAAGUGUCAGAAUGAAGAGCUGGUGCUCACUCAAAUUAAUGUCGUGUAUUAUUGUGUCUCCUCUCCACCGCGCCCCUCUUUAGUAGCUCAUCACCACUUGUACAGAGCAUCUCCACACUUUCUUAGUCCUUAACAAUAAACAGAAUUGUCUCCCUAAGCCUGCUACACCAGAUAAAGCACUUUCCUUUCCUGCUGCUGUAUGUCCUACAGAAGGCGAUACAGGGACCAGGAGGGGAGGCUCCAACCCUGAGCUGAGUCCUCCCUUUGAAAGCAAGUCUAGGACAGAAGAGAUUUGGGGGAUGGCAGGAAAGAGGGCCGGGCUGAAGGGCAGAGGGUGCACCCUGCAAUUGACACCUGGGCACAACACAACCACAAGGAUGGCAAGUAGGUAGAAACACACCUAUAGACAGGGAACUCCACACCCUGGCUGCUCAGAGAGCUCUGAGGAUCCAUACUUCCUGGGAGCAGAAUCUCAAGGCCCACCUCAACCUUCUGAAUCAGACCGGUCCCAGGUGCAGUGGAGGUAACUCCAAUGCACCUAAAGUUCAAGAAGAGCUGCUAUCAGCAUUGCUUCCCAGUGCUGCCAAAGUUCACCUACUGAGUCAGAAUCUCCUGGAGAUUUUGAGAGGUUUAAAAAAGAAAUUUCUCAGUGCUUCCCUCCCCUUGGAUUCUGACUUAGUAAAGAGUGAAGCACAAUAAUUUAAAUUUAUAUGUACAUUUUUUAAAGCUCUCCUUGUGCUUUCAAUGUUUAGUCAGCUCGGGAAACUCCGCUCUUUGAGUAUGUUACAGGUAAAAGAAAAUUGAAUGGAUUUGUCCUUGGAAAUAACAUCAGUUUAAAACAUAGGAAGAAGGUAUUAAAUAACUUACUUCUGGAGAUUUUA